AUGAUUUCAGUAAAAGCACUCCAGAAAUGCAUUGCAGAAAUAGAGCAGGUAGGGCACUACCACCCUGCCUCUGCUUUUUGUACGGUUACCACAAGGGACCACAGAGGUACAGCUCCUGCUCCCUCCAUCCCCUUGAGGAAAGAAGAGGAUGGAUUUAUGGAAGCUGUGGUCCCAGUGGAAGAGAUAACCACCUCCCCACCCUCAUUGCCAGGAGAUACUAACUCAAUGCAAGUCCAAGUUGUCCCCACCGAGAAGAUUCCUGCAGGCACAUAUGCAAGGACAAAAGAAAAAGAGACAAGCCCUGCAAGGGGUGGCCAGAGCACAGCUUCCUCUGGAAUGGCUCUGGAACUGGUGCUGUCUGACACGGGACACCAUGAACCUGCAGGAAAAGUAUGUGAGAGAUUAACCUUUCUGCAAGAGAGAGGAAAUGGAAGAGUGAAGAGGGAGCUGCCCCACCUAGGAGAAAUGCUGUUCUGUUUAACUGAGCGAUGCCCAGAGGAAUUUGAGUCUUACGGUUGUUACUGUGGCCAAGAAGGAAGAGGUUAUCCUACUGAUGCACUGGACAGGUGCUGCUUCUCUCAUCACUGUUGUAUGGAACAAGUUAAGAAACUUGGAUGUCAUGCAGAAAGAACUUCAAGAUCUGAAGUUGUGUGUUUUGAUCAUAAGCCAAAAUGUAUUGGUUGGAGCAUGUGUGAGAAACUACUAUGUGCUUGCGGUAAGACAGCAGCCGAGUGCAUGGCUUCUGCCUUCUUCAAUGAAAGCCUGAAGUUUCCACACAGGCAAGAGUGCCAAGAGGAGAAAGUCUCAUGUCAGAGAGACCCUUAUGGAAGGCCUUCAAUCGGCACAGAAAUAGGCGCCGCGAUUUCCAGCUCCGAGGAGAGCAGUGAGGAGGAAGGUCCACUGUGGAGGGUAUUAAGAAGAGCAAAGAGAGAGACACACCAUCCCAUUGGAAACUCCAGACCUGUGCAACAUGAAGGCAGAUAA